CUGCAAGUCAAUUAUCGGUAAAAUCGCACGUUGAUUACCCCAGAGGGCUACCAUAAAUUUCCGUUAAAUUUUCUAUGAGUUUCUUAAGGGUGAAUUGAUGGAAGUAACUGAAACUUUUGUGUACGUGGGAUCAUUCAUCCAAAGGGCAUAUGCUGUUCAUCCAAAGGGUUGUACGCUGUGUAUGUGUUGGUCUCCAUGAGCAAAGGAAUUUCGGUUGUCAUGAUUUGCUGGGUACAUUUCUUUCUAAUAACCGGGUUUGAUGUUGAAAAUAUUAAUGACAUCUCUGAGUCGUUGCACAGCUGAUGGUAAAACUGACACAAACAAAUAAAUAUUCACCCAUUCCUUUUGACUUUAUUUAUUAAAAAAAUAAAAAAAAGCAAUCAAAUAAUUAUAGGCGAAGGUAGAAGAAAGUAAAAUACAGAAAGUUGCAACGUUCAAAGUUUUCAGAUAAUAUAUUUGUUUAUUGUGUUUUAAGGACAUUUGAAAUAGAAAAAUACAUUGAAAUAAAUUCAGAACAAUGAUGGACGGAACGGAUGAUUUAACAACAGUUGAAAAUCUGUCCAAAAGUAUAUCUUCGCCCUUAGGCAUAGAAAACAGCAUCUCAACCAAUAAUCCAACAAUAAUGGAAGUUUCUAAUCCUAAUACACAACGGGAAACCGAGGGCGGAAAUCCUUUAACAACUAAUACAAAUAACGGCAGUGGUACUGUCACCUCGGAGUCGUCUUCAUCCGCAAUCACACCUGCUGCUCUCGCGGAAAAUACUUUACAUGUGGAAAUAUCCGACGCUUUGAGUGAAAAAGAUAAAGUUAAAUUUACCGUGCACACGCGAACAACCUUGCCCGGUUUUGUUAAGCAAGACAAUAAUGUGGUUCGUCAACACGAGGAAUUUGUUUGGCUGCACGACCGUUUCGAAGAAAAUGAAGAAUAUGCCGGUUAUAUUAUUCCACCAUGCCCGCCACGCCCUGAUUUCGAUGCCUCACGAGAAAAAUUACAGCGACUUGGAGAAGGCGAAGGCAAUAUGACAAAGGAAGAAUUUAAGAAAAUGAAAUCCGAACUCGAAGCCGAAUACUUGGCCACCUUCAAGAAAACAGUAGCAAUGCAUGAAGUUUUUUUGCGUCGACUCGCUAAUCAUCCGGUAUUUCGUGUGGAUCAGCAUUUAAAAGUGUUCCUAGAGUAUGACCAGGACCUCUGUGCAAAGCCGCGUAAAAAAAUGGCUAUAUUCGGUGGAUUUGUUAAGUCAUUAGGAAAGACUACCGACGAAAUAUUAAUGAGUGCAACAGUUCGAGACGUAAAUGAUUUCUUUGAAAAUGAGCUACAAUUUCUCAUUGAAUAUCAUGGACAUCUGCGUGAUGCUGCCGUGCGAACUGAGAAAAUGACGCAACGUCAUAAGGAAGUCAGCGAAUGCCACCAAAAAAUCUCAAAUGCGUUGAUGCAACUUUCAACCGCAGAAAAAGGAAGCAUGGAAACAUUUUGUGCUAAAUCAGCCGAAAUCUUUGAAAAAAUUAAGAACUUGGAAGCACGAGUCUCUAGCGAUCAGGACUUGAAGCUCGGGGAUACUUUGCGUUACUACCAGCGCGACAGCGAUGCAGCGAAAGCACUCUUAAUUCGUCGUUUACGUUGUUUAGCCGCAUAUGAGGCGGCUAAUCGUAAUUUAGAGAAAGCACGUGCCAAAAAUAAGGACGUACAUGCUCCUUUGGAUGUUCAAGAGGCAGAAGCAGCACAAGCAGAGGCCUGUGAGAAAUUCGAAUCGAUGUCCGCAUGUGGAAAGGAAGAAUUAGUUGGAUUUCGCAAUCGCCGCGUAGCCGCCUUCAAGAAAGGGCUGGUUGAGCUAGCUGAACUGGAGAUCAAACACGCACGCACUCAAUAUGAAUAUUUACGCCAAUCUCUUCUGGCGCUAAAAGAAAUUGCCUGAACUGUUGACUUGUACUUGUUAUAUUCUUCUCAACAUCCUUAUACAUUUAUACAUAUAUACGCCACGCAAAAUAUAUUAAAUCCACAUAAUUACGAAUAUUAGCUUAUAUACAAUAUGUAAUAUGUUAUGUAUAAAGCAGAAGUAUUUCUAAAAUUGUAUUAUUGUUCUAAACUAAAUUUACGUAUUGAUUUUUGUAUAACGAAAUAACGUGAGAAAAAAUUAAUUACGAUUUUCGAAAAUUAUUUGAUACUGUUCUGUAUUCGAAGAUCAUUCCAAAGUGCUUGAUUUAUUUGAUUUCAAAUAAAAGUAUUUACAGUAUAUUGUGAAUUAAAACGCUUGUAAAUUACUCCUCAAAAAAGUCGGCAAGUAGUUAGUAGACAAAUACUCAAAUGAAAUAAAAACGAGUAUGUAAUAAUAUUAAAUUUUAUCGUAGGUAUCUAAUCAAUGUUCCUGGAAACAUUCAAUUUCAAAAUAAAGAGGCACUUUACCUCUUUUCAUACUAUAUGUAUAUGGUACAUAGUUAAUUGGCAACGUGUGCACAUAUGUACAUACAUUUCAAUAUUUGGUACAAUGAACCCUAGCAACCAGAACAGCAAUAUUUCAUAUCUAAAGAAUUAUUUGAUUUACGCACUUUAUACGUCAGAAACAAGCAAAAUUCGUAUAUUUUUCUAAUUUUAUCGUAUUAUAACGUCUUGUAAACAUUUUGUAUUGCAUUUUUGUUGUAAGCAUAGUUGACUUUUGAAAAUGAAUGACUUUGGAUUCAUCGAUUACAAAAAACCAAGUGAUGAGUGUAAGGACGAUAUGCGCACCUCCACAUAUCGGAGUCAUGUUUAUAUGACUGACACGAUGAUGGGGAAAAAUAUGCAUGCUAAAUUCAAAGAACCAAAACCGUAUAGUACAGACCCAACCUUAGAGAAAUUACGCACAAGCGACUACAAAGUCAAUUAUACAUGGAAAUAUGAUGACCCAAAUAAAAUGAUUAAUCCCUCGCUUGGCCCAAAAGUGCAACUAAUGAAAAAUUUCGAAGAUCGACGUCUACGUUUCAUUAGUCGUCCAAUGCGACCAGCCAGCAGCAUUAUGCACCAAGAUUACCUUUGGAAUCCUCAAACAGCACCUGCACCACCUACGCCUACGGCCCUACCCUCCCCUGUGGCGGCUUCUAAAGUGGUCAUUAAUCGUGCUAAAGCGAGUUUCUCUAAAUUACUCGAUCCAGCAGCAACCACUUCACGCCUAUCCUUUGUCCAUUACACGCCGGCUGAGUUGAUGGGUAGCGUGGCUCGACAUGACAAUAUAACAUUUUGGAAUUGGCAGAAAUAUGAUACACAAAUCAAGCGUGUUUUCCCCGGACGCGAUGAUACCCAAUGUGAUGACAAGGCUGCAAGAGAAUGCCCAAAACGCCAUUGUGAGUUCCCCAGCUUGGUACAACAUGUGCCCAACUCUGGCAUGACAACGGAGGUACGUGCCAAUUAUAUUGAGCCAAUUAAACGUACCAUAGACUUUGAAACUGCGCAUAUACACAAUCGUUUGGUAUACGAUCCAGUAACACCGUUAUCGAAAGAAACCGAAUACAAAGUGUACGGUUCCGGCGAGCGAACACUGAAAUAUGUCUAAAAAAUCUAACUCCUGUUCAAAUACUUAUAUCAAAGUACCCUUUUUUCAGAAUAAAUCGUAUGGUUUUGCAUUUA